UGAGUGUUCCUCCAAAAUUUCUGAUAAAAAAAAAAAAAACUGAUCAACUUUCAUCCAUGGCUGAAUCUAUUAUCUUCGCCGUUGCUGGAAACAUGAUAACCAAAAUGGGCUCUCUAGCACUCCGAGAGCUUGGAUUGUCAUGGAGAAUCAAUGAUGAGCUCGACAAACUCCAAGGCACUCUUUCUGCCAUUAGAGCCGUGCUUCUCGAUGCUGAGGAGCAGCAGUCCAAGAGCCACGCAGUCAAGGAUUGGAUUUCAAAGCUUAAAGAUGUUUUCUAUGACAUUGACGACUUGGUUGAUGAGCUCUCUUAUGAAACCUUGAAAAAGCAAGUUCUUACUGAAAGUAGAAGAACCACCAAACAUGUACGUAUCUUCUUCUCUAAAUUUCAUCAGGUUUCAUUUGGUCUCAAAAUGGGUCAACAAAUUAAAGAAGUUAGGGAGAAACUAAAUGCUAUUGCUGAUGAUAAAGAUAAACUCCACCUUUCCAUGCGUAUGGGGGAGAUACAAGGCGAUGAGUUGAGAAAGAUACGUGAGACUUCAUCUUUUAUUCCUGAGGGAGAAGUGAUUGGUAGGGAUGACGACAAGAAAGUUAUUAUAGAUUUUCUAUUGGAUACCAAAACCAAAAAGGAUAAUGUUGAAGUGAUUUCCAUAGUUGGUAUGGGAGGAUUAGGAAAGACCGCACUUGCUCAAUCUGUCUAUAAUGAUGAGAAGAUAAACAAACAUUUUCAAUUGAAAUUAUGGGUCUGUAUUUCUGAAGAAUUUAAUGUCAGGACAAUUGUUGGAAAUAUAAUAGAGCUUUUCGAGGAAAAGAAACUUGAACCCCUCCAAUUGGAUAAAUUACAAAGUAUGCUUUGAGAGAAAAUUAAUGGAAAAAGGUACUUGUUGGUCAUGGAUGAUGUGUGGAAUGAAAGCCAUGAGAAGUGGAUUGAUCUAAAAAGAUAUCUAAUGGGUGGUGCAAUGGGAAGUAGAAUUUUGAUCACAACUCGUAGCCAACAAGUUGCACAGACUUCUGACACAGAUUCAUUUCACCAUUUAAAAGAACUCGACAAUCACAACUCUUGGGUGUUGUUUAGAAAAAUGGCAUUCUUGAACGAAGAAGAAGAGAUUGAGAAUUUAAAUUUGGUCAAAAUCGGAAAGGAGAUUGUAGCAAAGUUGAAAGGUUCUCCUCUUGGAAUAAGAGUAGUUGGCCGUUUGCUAUAUUUCCAAAACACAGAAAAGGAUUGGUUGUCAUUCAAGGACCAUAAUGAACUUGGCACAACUUUACAACAAGAAAAUCAAAUUCAACAAAUACUGAAGAUUAGUUUUGACCACCUUCCAUCUAACUUAAAGCGAUGUUUUAUGUAUUGUUCUUUGUUUCCUAAAGAUUAUGAGUUUCGAAAGGAUGAAUUGGUAAAACUAUGGAUGGCACAAGGUUUGAUCAUUCAACCACGUAAUGAAAAAGCAAUUGAAGAUGUUGGGGAUGAUUAUUUUAAAGAGUUAUUGGGGAGGUCGUUCUUUCAAGACAUAAGAAAAAAUAAAUGGGGAGACAUCAAGAAGUGCAAGAUGCAUGAUUUGAUACACGAUCUUGCGCUUUUGAUGGUAGAAAAUGAAUGUGUGCUUGUAAAUGAUGGUGUUGGGUCCAUUGAUAAAAGGACUCGACAUGUCUCAUUUCUCUACAACCGAAGAAGGCCAAUAUCGAGGGAACUUGUACCUAGAUCGUUCACUCAGGCAAAGAAGUUGAGAACAUUGGAUUUGACUUUUAAUUCUAUUUCCUCUCUGAAAAAGUAUCAUAUUAACCUUUUUCGAUUACGAACAUUGAAUUUGGAUAGAUGUUGUUGUCAUCCUCCUAAGUUUAUUGAUAAGUUGAAACAUUUGAGAUAUCUUAAUCUUUCUGAUUUGGAUGUAAGGUUCCUUCCAACAUUUAUUACCAAAUUGUAUAAUUUGGAAACACUUAUCCUUCGAUACUGCAGAUGGCUAAGAGAAUUGCCAAAAGAUAUUAGCAAUUUGAUGAAUCUUAGGCAUCUUGAUCUACAAGGAUGCUCCCGUUUGACUCACAUGCCAAAAGGGCUAGGUGGGAUGAGUAGCCUUCAGACAAUGAAUUUGUUUGUAUUAGGAAAAGAUAAAGGUGGCAAUUUAAGUGAAUUGAAUGAACUUAAAAGCUUGAGAGGAUCAUUAUGUGUUCGAGGAUUACAAUUUUGCACAACUAUUGAUAUAGAAAAUGUGAAAUAUUUUGAAGAAAAGUCUGAAAUUCGAAAGUUGGAAUUACAUUGGGACACAGAUAAGAAGAAGCCGAGAAUUGAUGAUGCCUCGUAUGCUGAAGAUGAGAGGACUUUGGAGUGCUUAAAACCACAUUCAAAUGUUGGCAAAAUGAGUAUAAAAGGAUAUAGAGGCAUGAAGUUAUGUGAUUGGGUAUCUUCUGAUUAUUUCCUGGAUGGUCUGGUUAGCAUAGAACUUUGUCAUUGUGAAAAAUUGGAGCAUCUCCCUCAAUUUGAUCAAUUUCCAUAUCUCAAGAAUCUUCAUCUUGAGGACUUAACGAAUAUCGAAUACAUUGAUGAUAGCAAUUCUGUUUCUUCAUCAACAACUUUUUUUCCAUCUCUUGAGAAACUAAGGAUUAAGAAAAUGCCUAAGUUGAAAGGGUGGUGGAGGAGGGGGGAAAUCCCAUCGAAUUACUCUGCUCAAUACAAUGCCUCUCUUCCAACAGCAUUACAUCAGCUUUCACAAUUAUGGAUUUUGGAUUGUCCUCAGCUGGCUUUUAUUCCACAGCAUCCACCUUUGCAAUCAUUGGCAAUAGGGGGUGUUGGUUUGAAAGUUUUUGAUAUGGUAAUAAGAAUGGCUACAAACCUUGCUGCGGAUUCUUCUUCUUCUUCAACUCUGUCUAAAUUAUCUACUCUUGAGAUUGAAAAUAUUGAUAUCAAGUUCCUGUCAGAGGCGUUAAACUGCAAUAUGAAAGAUCUUGAGUCUCUUACCAUACAAAGUUGCAAAUAUUUACAAAUGUCUUCUUCCCAUCUCGUGUAUGAGGAAGAUGAUAGGCUAUUGUACUGGAAAGAACUUAGCAAUCUCCGCAAGCUUCGUUUUUGGGACAUUCCCAAAUUGGAGUAUUUGCCAAAGGGUUUGGAACAUUUGACAGCUCUUGAAUUUUUGCUUCUAAUAGGUUGUGAAAAUUUAGUGAGUAUUGAAGGGAUCGGCCAACUCAGUUCACUAUCAGGUUUGCGUAUUCUUGACUGUCCCAAAUUACGUUUGUUGCCAGAAGAGAUCGGCCACCUCGUUUCCCUAUCACACUUGUCGAUUUUGAAAUGUCACAAUUUAACUUCAUUGCCGGAAGGAGUAUGCGGCCUGACUUCAUUGUCCUAUUUGGCGAUUUAUGAUUGUCCUAAUUUAAGGACGUUGCCGGAAGGACUUAGCCAAAUCCGCUCCUUAAAAGGAUCAUUAUAUGUGUUAAAAUGCCCCAAAUUGAGGAAGAGUUGGAAGAAGCAAAACAAAUACAGAAGGUUGAAGAAGAUGUUUAACUUGGACAACAAACAAACAGGUGAAGAUGAUCGCACUGAAAUCACCUUUGUCAAGACUCGACGUAGCCCUGACAGCUUAUACCGUCAUUACAAACAUAAAUUACAUUAUUGGUUUUAAAAGCUGCAAAAACCAAAAGGAAUAGAAGGCAAGAAAUAAGUGUUUUUGCACUAAUUGCUGCUAAAUAAAGGGAGGAGGAAGGUGAUUUCCUGAAGGCACAGAUAAGUUCUAAGAGACCUUUUGUUUUGCUUUUCCUUUCAAGUAAUUUUUUUACUUAGUUAAUAUCCUCAAUUGAUAUGUAUGUGUCGUGUAUCUUUCUAUUAUUAUUAUUGACAAUGGAAUUUUGACUAUGGUCAUGUGAUUUUUUACUCUUCAAUUUGGAGAGGUUAA